AUGAACGAUAAUGCACAAAGUGGCGGCCUUGAGCCAACUCCGCCGAACCAUCCUCCCAACGAUCAGGCUAGGACGCGCCCACUAUCAAGCACCCAAGAGCGCAAACUCGUUGAAUAUCUCGAAGAGCGGCUACUAGAGGUGACCCGCAACUUCAAAAAACGCUCACAUCCGUCCACAACGCUUCCGAGCCUUUCUUUGUACCUCACAGCUACACACCCUUUGCUCGCUCUUAUCCUCCAGAUCCCCCCUGUCUAUCCAUCUUCAUACUUGCGCACGUCUUUGCUCCUCCGCCUUACUGGCGAGGUCCUCAGUUCUAUAAUUGGUUAUGUCCCGGGUGCCAGCACGCUCGCGCAACUCCUCGCGUGGCUAGAUGACCUGGACAGAGGCUGGCUGACCGUCCUGCGCCAACAAGCUUGGGAUCCCGCAGAACAUGUGGGAGUGGAUGUUGACACUCUAAAUGAUUCCGACUCAUCGCGGUCGACACCUAUCAGCCAGACGGACCGUACCCGGCUUAGGAGCAUGCUCAUAGCUGGGACGGAUCAGAUGGAGGAAUGGCUCUCAGGCAUGGACACCCCAGAACAGGACUUCCGGUCGGCACUGGAAACACUCGGAUUACAGCAAAGCUUUGAUGACCUCUUCACACGAACCCUAGCCGAGAUGGGCUCUCUGGAUGGAUCAAUGAAUGAUCCGAAAGGCAUGGAAAGCACCUGUUGA